CGCCGAGGAGGAGCUCGAUCGAUUGUCGGCGACGUCGUAUCGUACAUUCGUACGUGUCGAUCAGCCUGAUCCGUAUCGGCGGCGAAAGCUUCUUCUUCUCUCUCUCUCUCUCUCUCUCUCUGUUCUGUUCUCCAUUUUGUCAGGAUGAAACCAAAUGAACGGGCGAAUGGGGCCAGGGAUUUCUAUCUCGUUCUUGACUCGUGGGAGCAAGCAAGGCGUGGGUCAACGAACGAAGCCUCUCUUCGGUUCCUUGGGUUGGGUUCACACAUGAGUUUUUGUUUCUUGGAAUAUUGGAUGAUGAUGAUAUCACUGAAAGAGACAUGAAUGGUUUUGUGCAGAAUCUCUCUAAUGACCAUGAUGACUGAUGAGUACAUGCCGCACUAAAUCCACUACCUUUUCCUUUUGUGUGUCUAGUUAACUGGACCAGUUCAACAGUAGUACCUUUUUAAUCCAUGUCUCUCUGCUCCCUGAUUGGAUGGAGGGAAACAAUCCAACGAAAAAAAAGAAGAGAAAAUGUUCAGAAAAUCGUGGAGCCUGCAAUGAACUGAGAGCUCUCUCUCUCUCUCUCUCUCUCUCUCUCUCUCUCUCCGUGUUUCUCUUUCUUGCUUGGUAUUGCUUGGAGGCAAAAGAUCCGAGGGUCACUGUCAUCGGUCCAAUUAUUUCUACGCCGACGAGUGCAUCCCUUGUCCAUUUCUUCGUCUCUCCUCCUCUUCCUUUCCCCAUAAAGCUCCAACGCCAUUGGUGAAGAGAAUCUCAACAAGGAGAUAGACUGACGCCGCAAACUCGCGUUCGCGAUCGCGGCGCCCAGUCAAACUGAUGCAGAGCAAGUUGGACUUUUCAGUCAGUGGCCUGGCAGUGGCAGGGCUUGUAGUCAGUCGAUGAUAUAAAACAGCCAUGGAACAUGUUCUCGCAUGUGCGUCUUCUCUGCUCAGUUGCCACAAGGUGCUCCAAGAAGAAGAAGGAGGGCCUCUACUACUACUGUCGUCCAUCAGAGCCAGGCUCAGCAUGUACGUGAUCGAGGACAAGGGCGGCGCCAUCGCGCUGAUGCUGGCGUCGCUGCUGUUCCUGGGCACCUGGCCGGCGGUGCUCACGCUGCUGGAGCGCCGGGGCCGGCUGCCGCAGCACACGUACCUGGACUACUCCCUCACCAACCUCCUCGCCGCCGUGCUCAUCGCGCUCACCUUCGGACAGCUCGGGGACAGCAAGCGCGGCAUGCCCAACUUCUUCACGCAGCUGAGCCAGGACAACUGGCCGUCGGUGCUCUUCGCCAUGGCCGGAGGCGUCGUGCUCAGCGUCGGGAACCUCUCCACGCAGUAUGCCUGGGCGUAUGUGGGCCUCUCCGUCACUGAGGUCAUCAGCUCCAGCAUGGUCGUGGUCAUUGGCACGACACUGAACUACUUCCUGGACAACCGCAUCAACAGGGCAGAGAUUCUGUUCCCUGGUGUGGCAUGCUUCCUUGUCGCUGUCAUCCUUGGCUCUGCUGUCCAUGCCUCCAAUGCAGCUGACAAUGAGAAGAAACUCAGUGGCUCCACAAAUGCCAACAAACUUGGGACAAGUGGAACUGUGGAACCAAGCAAACAAGUCCUAGACAAAGAUGCUCCCAAGGAUUUGGAGAAUGGAGCCUCUGGAGCCAAGCAAGUUGACAGAGCUGAGGCAGGCACUGCAGAAUACCUCAUUGAACUCGAAGAACGGCGAUCAAUCAAGGUCUUCGGUUCAAACACCUUCAUCGGUCUGGGGAUCGUCUUCUUCGCGGGGGUGUGCUUCUCGCUCUUCUCGCCGGCGUUCAACCUUGCCACCAACGACCAAUGGCACACCCUCAAGGACGGCGUGCCGCACCUGGUGGUGUACACGGCCUUCUUCUACUUCUCCAUCUCGUGCUUCGUCAUCGGCGUCGGCCUCAACAUCCUCUUCCUCUACCGCCCCAUGGCCGGCGUGCCCCGGUCCUCCUUCGGCGCCUACCUCAGGGACUGGAACGGCCGGCAGUGGGCGCUCCUCGCCGGCCUGCUCUGCGGCUUCGGCAACGGUUUCCAGUUCAUGGGCGGCCAAGCCGCAGGCUACGCCGCCGCCGACGCUGUCCAGGCGCUGCCGCUCGUCAGCACCUUCUGGGGCGUCCUGCUCUUCGGGGAGUACCGCAAGUCGUCCCGGAAGACAUACGUCCUGCUGGGUUUCAUGCUCUUCAUGUUCGUCGCCGCCGUCGCCGUGCUCAUGGCUUCGUCAGGUCACAGGAGCACCGAGUGAUCCUGAUCUGAUGCUGUCGUGCUCUUUGUUUCUCAUUCAAGUUUCCACUGCUGUUUGUUCGUCUUGUGUUUGCAAGAGCAAACGGCAGGCAAACCCCUCUCCUCUUGCAAUAGUCGAUCCACAGAACGAAAAUCCAGCAGCAAGGCCGGAAGCAGGGGAAGUCCAUUCCUUCCAGACAUUCACGAAAGUUUCUGUAGGAUGAAAUGGAGAUGUACAUAAAAACGUUUGUGGUGUGAUUGAUCAAGUCCAGUAUAUAGAACCAUAUAAAAGCUAUUUAUAUUCUUUUCAGAGACAAUUGGCUGAUAGGGUAGGAACACUGAAAUUGUUCCAGAAAAAAAAUUCUCAAGAUCGAGGUGAUUCUGUUCAAGAGAAAAA